AUGUCUGACACACAACGAGUAUGGUUCAUCACCGGCGCCAACCGGGGCAUUGGUCUCGAACUCACCAAACAGCUUCUAGAAUCGCCUUUCAACACCAUCAUCGCCGCGUCCCGAAACCCGUCCCAGGCGACCGCUCUCAGGGCACUCUCCGACUCCGCCAAGGGUAGAGUUCAUCUCAUCACCCUCGACAUUUCCAACAAGGCGUCUGUGCAAGCCUCCGUCAAGGAGACUGAGUCUAUCCUGAAGGACCGCGGCCUUGACUACCUCAUCAACAACGCCGGCAUCAACCCCGCUGGGUUCGACAACGCGUUCUCGAUGGACCUCGACAACGUGCAAGCCGCGUUCGCGACGAACGUCAUCGGGCCCGCCCACGUCGCGCAGGCGUACCUCCCGCUCGUCGAGAAGAGUGCCGCGAAGACGAUCGUGAACGUCUCGAGCACGCUGGGCAGCCUCGGCACCGACUUCGGCCCGCACUUCGCGUCGUACUCGAUCUCAAAAGCUGCGCUCAAUAUGCUGACGGUGAAGCAGGCUUAUGAUCGCCCGGACCUCACGGUCGUCACUGUCUGCCCGGGACAUCUCAAGACCGACAUGGGUGGCGAAAGCGCGCCGCUGGAGGUUUCUGUAGGGGUUUCGGGCGUCCUAAAGGUGAUCCACGGCCUCACCCACGAAGACUCUGGCAAGUUCAUCAACCACGCCGGGGAGAGAGUACCGUGGUGA